GGGAAAUUGAAAUGGCUGCUCAUUGCUCUGACAUUGGGAGGGUUAACAAGUAAACCCAAGAUAUCACAACUGCACAAUCGCAGUGAGUCAGACCAAAGCUAUCCCUUACAAACUCAUCCCCCCACCUCUCCUCUACCAAGAUGGCGGCACGUUGACGUCCCAAGUUAACCGUAAAGUGAGACAGGGACUCACGCAUUCACGGCGGCUGCAAAAAAUAAUUGCGCAUGCGUAGCUUUCUGGCGUCCGGUUGUCCUAGCAACAGCUCCUAGCGACCGCAUUGACAAACAAGAGUUAGCUGCUGACUUGAUUGCCCCAGACACGGUCACCAUGAUCCCUCCGCCAGACUCGCUGCUGUGCUACGAUAACCCGGUGCUAAUUACAAAGAACACCGCAGAGAGAAAGUCCCCCAAAUCUCGAAUUCUGAAAACUAGUACACAGCAGGCGGUUCCAACAGCUCCAGUACCACCUCCUCCAAAGACCUUAGAUGCUGCAAAACCCCCCGAAGAGAUCCUAAAUGCAAUUCUACCUCCUCGGGAAUGGAUGGAAAACAAUCAGUUGUGGAUUCAGCAGGUUUCUAGCACACCAAGCACUCGAAUGGAUGUACUACACUUACAAGAAAACCUGGAUUUGAAACUACAGCAAAGACAGGCCAGGGAAACUGGAAUCUGUCCUGUGCGCAGAGAGCUGUACUCACAAUGCUUCGAUGAGCUGAUCAGACAGGUAACAAUUAAUUGUGCCGAGCGUGGGAUCCUUCUGCUAAGAGUCCGUGAUGAGAUCCACAUGACUAUAUCUGCAUACCAGACAUUGUAUGAAAGCAGUGUGGCCUUUGGCAUGAGGAAGGCCUUACAAGCUGAACAAGGCAAAUCAGACAUGGAAAAGAGGAUUGCUGAUUUAGAGUCGGAGAAAAAGGAUCUAGAGAAACAAGUUAAUGAACUAAAAGCAAAAUGUGAGGCUACGGAGAAACGUGAAGCAGAGAGAAGGCAAGAGGAGGAGAAGAAGCAUGCCGAGGAGAUUCAGUUCCUUAAACGAACAAAUCAACAGCUAAAGGCACAGCUAGAAGGCAUUAUUGCGCCCAAGAAGUAACGAAGCAGCAGUAACAUCUGUGGACAGAAUAUCUGUCGUUCGUAUUCUAUCCCAUGUGAAAAUCCAAGAUUCAAAUAAUUUUACCUUUAGGACAUAGUUAUAAUUAAUUUGGGCUGUUGUAUAUAUUAAAAUUGUGUGUUUGAUUGCUGCUCGUUAUUCUGUAAUGAAACACCUCGAUAUUAUUAUUUAAAUGUCCAAGUUCUUUUGAUGAUAAAUUUGUUUCAACCCAAGUCCAAGUCUUUGCUUGAGUAGCAAUUUGUUGGGAAUCUUGCAUGUCCUUUUUAUUAAAUGGCCAUCUGUGUAAAA